AUGCAUUCACCAUCAGGAAUAAAUAUAUUACUUAUAAUAAUAAGUAUAUUUGUUGUAUUAAUUGGAAUUACUUAUCAACCAUUACCUGAUAAUUUUCCUCAACCAUGGAAAUAUCGUUUUCUUUCAUAUUGGGCACAACGAAUCGAACAAUUUGGAUAUUUAUGUGAACAAGCGAAUUUAUUUACUCGAAUUAAUCUAAUACGAAAACUUCAUUAUCUAUCAAUUGGUUUAUAUCAAAAACGAUAUCCGGAAUGUCAUUUAAAAGUUUAUGAUAAAGAAAUCUCUGGUAUUCAUACACGAAUAUAUGAACCAGAAGAAAUGAUUAGUUAUGAAAAAAAAACAACAAUAAUUUAUUUUCAUGGUGGUGGAUUUGCUGUUGGUUCAAUAGAAACAUAUGAUCAAGCAACUUAUCUAUUAGCUAAUUUAACACGUACUAUCGUUAUUGCAGUUGAAUAUCGUUUAACACCUGAACAUCGAUUUCCUAGUGGUUUAGAGGAUUGUUUAACAGUAAGCAGAGAAUUAUUUCAAAACGAAGAUAAAUAUCAGAUAAAUUCGAAUCGUAUUAUUUUAUCCGGUGAUUCAGCUGGAGGUAAUCUAGCUUUAGUUGUUAGUCAAUUAUUAAUUCAAGAUGGAUAUAAACCAUAUUUAAUUUGUUUAUUAUAUCCUUCAUUACAAUUCUUAGAUUUUACAUUACCAUCAUAUCGUAUAUAUUUAAAAAAAAAUAUUCUUGGUGUUUUAAAUGAGAAUAAUAUUAUUUUAAUGAUAUCUUCAUUGAGUGAAAAUAAUCUUAUUAUACCAAAUGAUGUUUUAUUUAAUACACAUGUAUCAAGUGAUGAUAGGAAAAAAACUUUAUUCUUAUAUGGAUCCAAAUAA